UUUGUAAACAAUAACCACUUCCAUCCAACAAAAAUAUUUUGAAGAAACCGUUAUGUAAUUUAAAUUUUUGUUUUUUAAACCUGAGGAUAUGGGUGUACUAUUGGCUGUAGUGUUGUUAAGUGCAGUACAGUUUGUGCGGGGUGCUUCACAAUGUGUGGAGAUUGUGGAUGCAGGUUUGCUUCCGCUUAUCAAAGGUCACAUUGGAAUCCACUUCUUCGUAACUGUGGUUAACAAGGGGAAUGAAGCGGCAGAGGUACAAGUGAGCAUGGUCCAGUGCUGUGAGGACUUCCCAGGAGGACAAACUGACUGUACCAACAUCCACCUCAUCCCAGAGACAAGAAUAGUAGAGCCUAACGUGGACCAGAACUUCACUCUCAUCCACCCGACACUCUACCCCUACAACAGACGAGGAGAAUGUCUGCUGGGAGUGCAUUACAUGUCGUCAUGUAACCGGUCAAAGGAGGCGCUACAACACAUAGCCUUCGACACGGCUCUCAGCGAACAAAACGUCAAAUGCAGCAUGGUCAGAGGCUUCCCAGGCUACAUUGUAGAAAGUCCACCCUGCAACUCCUAUGACGAAGAUGCUCUGAACAACUGCAAAAUGGUUGACUGUCACAUGAAGUACUUCGGGCUGCGGAGUUUCUUCAACAAAGCAUCCAGAGUUUGUGAGCCUGUCCCAGCGUGUCUGCCUAGCAAAAGACGAGGCAUGCCAGACGUUGUGUACGAUGUGGCCAGCAACCAAUGUACUGACAUGAACAGCUGUUUGGACGAAGAGGAUCUUCAGCAUCUGGCUCACGCUGAUCUAGAACCGGACUGCUUCCCUUACUCCAGCAGUAGGAUGGCGUAUCUGGAUUGUCAUCGUGGGGCACUCAGCAAUGUUUCUGGAGAAUGUGAGUGUGAGCCAGAAUUCCAGUCGGCAGAGAUGCCAGACGAGCCAGGUAAUCCUCGGACCCAGAUCUUCCAUUCCUGCAACAUCGACACGUCCUGCUGGGCGCUCUCUCGUCUCCUCUCACCGCCUGACACUCAAAUGAUGGUCAUCGCUUUUAUUCUCGCACUGGUUGUGGCAAUCAUGUCCUUGGUUAUAGUUCAUCCUUACUGACGAAACCAGUAACUUUGCUGCCCUUACAACAAUCCUUGGCUAAUUCAUAAUGGUUUUAGUGCCAUUACAGACUUUGUCUUUUCAGUUCCAAUUUUAU